UGAAGUGUUCUGUUAGCUAGCGAGUACUGACUGACCACUACCUGCGCCAUCUAGUUACUCGCUGUGAACACCAAAAUUAUUCCUAGUUAGUAGUUAUAUCUUUACCUGUGUAGUGUUCACUCUCGGGGUGUAGUGUGUAUUGGCUGACUCAAUUGCCAGUCUGUGUAUAAGAAGGAGUUUCAUAACAAACAUGGCAUCGGUUGCUUCAGCGACGGUGAGGGCCGUUAAAGGGAGGCGUCUGAUACCCACUAGAGCAGCACUAGUACUAACACAAAAUGCUGUUGAGAAGGUCCGAGAGUUACUAGAGAAAAAUCCAGAGGCAGUGGGCCUGAAGGUGGGUGUGAGACAGCGAGGAUGCAAUGGAUUGAGUUAUACCUUAAAUUAUGCCACAGAGAAAGGAAAAUUUGACGAGGAAGUUGUACAAAACGGUGUACGUGUAAUCAUCGACAAGAAAGCUCAGUUAACACUAUUGGGUACGGAGAUGGACUACGUAAAGAGUAAACUGUCAGCAGAAUUUGUCUUUAACAAUCCUAAUAUCAAGGGAACUUGUGGGUGUGGAGAGAGCUUUUCAAUUUAAUGUAUGUUCAUUUUUGCAAGAAAUAAAUGCAAGUAGUUUUUCAUAGUAGUACUGUACUGUAUUUAAGUAAUGACCUCAGUAAGUGCAAUACAUUAUGUUUUCUUUAUGUGUUGAUAUGUUGGGAGUUGGUUUUAUUUUAUGCAGUAUACAAUAAUUUGGACAGGAUUACUCCAUUGUCUGAACUUGACUACCUAAUAAUGUAUAUUACUAUUUGCAGUAGAAAAGAUGAAUGGCCAAUUGUAUGUGGUGUAUAUAUCUGCUUUGCACAAGUUGGGUCUCAUCUUGUAGUUACUCUAUAUAUAAAAUAUGCUUUCCAGCAUUGUAUUAGUUACAAUAAGAUAAAUACCUGUAGAUUUGCAAGUAACUUUUACAUAUAAAGUCAUAAAACCUCUUUAAUUCAAACUUAUAAUGCAGGUAUUAUUGUAAAUUUACUAUGUUGAAGUGCUAUAAUAUAUUUUGCCUUAACCCAUUAAAACAUAGAUUUAUUGUGAAAGUUCUCUUGUGUAGGCUAUUGGUCAUUAAGUAGAAGAACAUAAAUUUUUUAAACCUUGUGCACCUUUUGUAAAAAAAAAUUGUAUAGGAAUUCCCAAUAAUAUUCAGUUGAUAAAAUUAUAUUGAUAAUAAUAGGUUCAUCAAGGAUUCUCAAUUUGAAUUAAAUAAAUGGGUUGUAUGAUAUAUAUGUUCCUACCAUUGGUCAACAACUAUUAUAGACACUUUUUGUGUAUGGAUGUCAAGAAAUAAAGGGGUUAUAUAAUGAAAGUUUAUUGAUUUUAUUUGUAAACACGUACAGUGUAAAUAUUGAAGAAAUAAAUAUUAAUAUAUU